CGAUGGUAGCGUCCAACCAACAAAAAGCCACCACGUGGCACAACUUCAAAGCAAUGUUGUUAUAUUACUAUCCGCCAAUUCCCCAAAUCGGUCUCGGAAGAAAACGACCAGACCACCGAAUAAAAUCCAGUGCCUUGUUAUUGCUUGCGACUUCCUCCGGAGCGGGAAAGAUCUUUCCCUCCUCUCCUACUCAAUCAACGAUUCAUCUACUUUCAGCCGCCAGAGUCUCUGCGAGGAGAGCUCUCGUUUGAAGUUUCUUUCUUUUUGUUAACGUCGGACGAUCUGGGGGGAGGAUCGUUUCGGGAAUCCAUGUUCAAAUUCUGGGGCUCGCAGGAGCAGGAUGCUCAGCAGCCACGGCCGCAGGAAGCUUCUCAGUCUUGGUACCCUCCAUCCGUAGUUGGAUCUUCUCCGGGCUCUUCUCGCCCGGGGACACCUGGUAGCUCUUCAAGUGGAUUUGGAAUGAAUAGGCCUUCAGAUUCUCCUGCGGUGCAUGUAUCGCCAGCUGAAGCUGCAGGUGUUAUCUCUCUUCUAAAGGAUAAAAGUGUUGAUGAUUUAAGGAAGCUACUCUCGGACAAGGAUGCAUACAAUCAAUUUCUGUACUCACUUGAUCAGGUCAAAAUCCAGAACAAUAUACGAGAUGAACUUCGCAAGGAGACUUUGCAGCUUGCAAGGGAAAAUCUGGACAAGGAGCCUCGCACAAUGGAGCUACGAAAUCAAUGCCGGAUCAUUCGAACGACUGAGCUGGCUGCUGCUCAAGAGAAACUCAACGAGCUCGAAAGAAAGAAAGAUGAGAUGCUGAGGUCAUCUUCUCCAGCCUCCCUCCUCCACAAGCUUCAAGAGGCAAUGGCCAAAGCAGAGGACGAAUCCGAAGCCUUACACAGACAGUUUCUAGACAGAGAGAUCGAUCUCCCCACGUUUGUGCAGAGGUACAAGAAGCUCCGAACCACGUACCACAAGCGAGCACUCAUCCACUUAGCUGCGAAGACAUCAACAGGCUAACGGAUGUAAAAAUGAAGGGAGAUACUUGUGAACUUUGCUCUGUUUUGGGUAUGUUUUACAAUGUCACUAUAGGCGGUCUGCACUUCUAGUUUGUAUAAUCUUUCUUCAAUCACAUUUUUGUUAUAAAUUUUUGAAUGCUUGCCAUGAUAAUCUAUGCUAUUACAAGAAACGUUUGUAUUAAUCUAGUUUGUACCCUAAUGAACCUGCUAGAGAUGAAUGAAGUAUAACUGUGCAA